GGCAAUUUGUUUCGCGGGAACGCUAAAAAAACUGUUUUUUUUUAUCGGAACAUUAUGUGCAAUUAGGUAUAUUGAAACAUAUUCAUAGGUACAAUCGUUCUUGUUACAUUUCAAACUCUUCAAGCAGCCAAAAUAUGGUUUCAAAAGAUUAUUGUGUUUACGAUUCAUGUACGUCAACGCAGAUUGGCCAGUCUGUCAUUUGCCGCUUUCCGAGCAACUUAGUUUACGCAGAAUCGUUUGCGCAAAGCAAUUGACAAAAACUCGCGUGCAGCAUUUUGCUCUCGAUAUACACGUGCGAAGGGUGAUUCCUACGAGUGUAUCCACGUCCGAGGGAAAUACGCCUGAAAAUGACCAGCCAGCAGACCCUAUCUCUGCGAUGGAACGAUUUUCCGUCACACAUUGCAAGUGCAUUCGAAUCGCUUCUUUACAAAGAAGAUCUCGUAGAUGUAACCCUUUAUUGCGAGGGUCGUAAAAUACGCGCACACAAGAUCUUGCUAUCGGCUUGCAGCUCCUACUUUAAAGACAUCUUUAAAGAAAAUCCAUCCCAGCAUCCGAUUAUCAUCUUCAAGAAUGUCAAUUAUACGGAUAUGUACAAUUUGAUAAAGUUUAUGUAUAAGGGAGAGGUGCAAGUGCCGCAGGAAUCAUUAGCUUCUCUUCUCCAGACGGCCAAAAAGCUGUCCGUUCAUGGUUUAUCUGUACCAGACGUUGAGGAGCUGAAAUUACCCACAACUAUUCAGGAUCCAUCGACAUCUAUGCUGGCGCAAAAAAUACUUCAAGCACAUUCACGAACCAUGAACAAUGCCACGAUCACGUCGGAUCGCGUUUGCUUUGCGCUACCAUCUGAACCGGUCUUUUCGGCACAUAUGAAGACGGAGUCUACCGUCUCGCAACAGUUGAACAACGAAUUGUUGCCAAUACCGACCGAAGAUCUCACCACUGCGCUUGGUAGCUCGGUUGUUCCUCAGGCACCACAACAAGAACAACAACAACAAACCACAUCGGCCAAAAAAAAUCCACAUCAAUCGACUGCCGCAACACAAACACCAACGACGGAUCAAGAACAGCAUCAGCAUCAGCAAACAAACUUCCUUGCGCAAAAAUCAACCGAAUUGAUCAACGUUGGCGAUGGUUUGGCGACAACCAGCAGCGAGAGUAACGCGUACACGCAAAUGGAUGAUUUUGAAAUGACGUGCGAAGACUUUGCAAACCAGUUCGAAUCGGAACAACCGAGUAAUUACGAAAUAGAAAUCGUCGAUAUGGGUUUGAAUAACACGUGUCUGGAUGAGGACGAGGAGGCUUCCACACAAACGAUACAAGACCUGAUAUCGCUGACCACUAAAAAGGCUCUGAAGAAAAAGUAUAAAUGUAACAUAUGUUUCAAAAGCUUCGUCGCCUGUAAAUCGCUCAGCAUGCACAUUGCUACACAUAGUGGGCGCACUAAAUGUAACAUCUGCGGCCUGGUACUGUCGCGGACAGCCAAUCUGAAGCGGCACAUAAGGCUAAAGCAUGAACCGUGAACCAACGGCAGAUAUCGGAUAUAUCUUGAAUAGAAGUUAUCAGCUUUCAGAGAUUACCUAUAUUGAUGUUUGAAAAACAGUUUCAUGAGUUAAAUUCAUAAGUUCACGAAUUGUACCAUGAUUAAAUCAUUUAAUCAUAAUUAAUCAUAAUCAUAAUUUUUACGUCCCAACUCCUUAUUGCAUCCUGUGAGGAUAGCAUUAUAGCAAUGUAAAACAUGCAUCACGAAAAAAAUGACAAAAGAAAAACGUUUGUCUUGACAAACUCUACUACUGAACUAUACUAUUGUAUAAGUUAGUUAAUGUAUACACAAUUGAGAAGCAAUAAACAGCCAUCAUGUAAUGAAUUUAAAAUAUACGGUUCAAUUGCUUUUUUUUAAAUUUAUUUUCAACUUUUUCAACCAGGCCGUGAGAAUUCACACAGCCGUUACAAUUUUAAAAGUAAUAGAAAUUUAACGAGUUAACAGGGUUUUAUAUUCGAUCAAACCUAACAUAAUCUUAGCUUUACGAGAUAUUAUAAAAGUCUGCUUUCUGCUGAUUAAUUUAAAGUUUCCAUUGCAAUCCUCGGACAUUGAUU